GCCAAGUCUCACCGGCCCAUCCCGACUGAACCCCAACGUCUCUUGUCCGCACCAUCUGCGUCUGUGCAUAGCCGAUAGACGUUCGCCGUAUUCUACGACAGCCAGCUGAGUCGGUCGGCAAGCCAGCCGUUUUUCUCCCGAUCCACACCUUCAAGCCUCGUUCUUCGACUCCCCGCGUACACCUGGCACAAGUCAUUCCAGCGUCACCCAGCAAUGGAAGAAGUCUAUAUGAGCGAAGAGUACAGCGAGGUCCCCUGGGACACCCCCUCAAAUCCCCUAGAAACCCAUGCAACGAGCGCUCUGACACCCGACGACGACCCACAAAUUGGGCCAUCAUCUUCGACCUCCCCCACCCGCCAAACACUCACCACUUUCGGACUCACGGCGAAUAACGCCUUGAAGGUUACUGUCACCGAUGCACAAAAGCAUGGAGAGGGAUCGAGCGCGUUUGUCACCUAUGCUAUCGACACAAAGUCUACACUACCAAGCUUCGCUCGGUCAAAUCUUUCAACACGAAGACGGUUCCAGGACUUUGCAUGGCUGCAUGGAACUCUGAGCGAGGAAUACCCAGCAUGCAUAAUACCACCAUUACCGGGAAAGCACCGCAUGGAAUACAUAACGGGCGACCGCUUCAGCACUGAGUUCAUAGAGAAGCGAAGAUACUCCCUCCAGACCUACAUCAACCGGGUGACUCGGCAUCCAACACUGCAGAACAGUGCCGCCAUCAAGAAGUUCUUGCAACCCGGGGACCUGCAGGGAGCCGAUGCAGUAGCAAAGAGGCGGGACAGCCACGUUUUCGAAUCCAUCAGCGAUGCGAUCCUCAACGUCGUGUCGAAAGUCCGGGAACCGGACCCGAAGUUUUUGGAGUACAAGGAGAGCGUGGAGAAGUUUGAGGAGAACCUGAAGACUGUGGAGCGCCUCAAUAUCAAACUGCUGAAGGAGCAAUCAGACUUGGAGACGGAUACGGCGGAUUUACAUCGCAGCAUCACGACAAUGGCAUCUAUGGAGACGCAAAUAUCGGAGCCAUUGUCCGAGUUUGGGUCCACGUUACGGGAGAUUGCCAAGUUAUUGCACGAGAAGACCUUACGAGAGGAUACAGAUCUCGUCGGCGAAAUCCGCGAAUACAUCGCAUACAGCCAUUCCGUCAAAGAAGUCCUUAAAAUCCGCGACCAAAAGCAGAUCGACCACGAAGAGCUCGAGCGAUACCUCGGCAACCACAUCAUCGACCGCGAGCGCACGGCACAGGGAAAAGGCGACGGAGGCAUUCUGGGACUGAUCAAGGACAAGUACAACGAUUUCAGGAACGUCAAUCAUGAGCAGGCGAGGAAAGCCAAGCUGGAGAGAUUGGAGGUCAAGAUCAAGGAGCUGAAAGAAGCGGUCGAACAAAGCACCACGAUAUCGUCCGCUUUCUCGAACGAGGUCAUCAAAGAAAUGGAUCUGUUCAAUGCGGUUAAGAUCGACGAUUUCAAGGAUAUUCUGAGGGAUUACACCGAGAGCCAGAUGGAGUACUACGAGAAGGGAGGAAAACUGUGGGACGCCAUCAUCCCGAUGAUAGAAAACAUUCAACUUGAUAGUGUGGACGGCGUGCGGAAAGGGGAGCAUGCGAGCUGAAGGGCUGGAUAGAAAUCCUCAUGUGUUGUGUCGUUGGCGGGCAAAGCUCUGUAGGGAGACGGCUAUUCAACUGGAUAGGCUAUACACCCGUUCACUGUACAUUACUCCCUCAUCUCCUUGUUUCGGAGACUCUUCUGUAACAUUGUAAAUGAACGAGAGCUUUCCUCCUUUGGCGAAAAGGGACGGAAGUCGCGCGGAUCGGAG